UUAAAUUGCCGGCUUUAGUGACUCAUGGACGUUUCUAUGCGCAGUUUACGUUAUAUGCUCUUCAAGUAGACGUCAGGAUAUUGUAUGCAGAGAUCAGUUUAAUUGAGUAAUUUCAUUAAAAGUAUUCAUAAUAAUAUAAUAAUAGUGACAAAAACCGAACCUUGGUUGUGCACAAUAUCAUUGAAUUCGUUUUAAAUUAUAAAUGUCAAUAAAAUACUCAAUAAUUUAUUUUAAUAAUAUGAUAAACACACAAUCAAAUGCUUUUCUACAUGUGCCUAGUUUGAAUAAAACGAUGGACAGCUACAUUUACGGGGAAAACGAAGAACGAGCGUGAUGCCGAUCAACGGCAACGCGUUGGCCAAGUACUUGGUCAUGGUGUCGCAAGUGAUCGCUUGGUGUACGGUCAGUGCGAUGUUGUUACGGAGGGGCUUGAAUCAGGUGAAUGCAGCAUCGCAGCAGCCGCCGUCGCCAUCGUCGUACGACGGCAACAAACCUUACGGCGGUCCGGACACAAUAUUUGGCGACAGCAACGCGACAUCGACCGCAGCUACGGACUCUGACCACCAUCAGCAUGGGACGUUGGUAGUGACGGAAAAGUCGUUUGGCGAAAACGGUGCGCCUGCCGUGGUGGCGGGCGUAGUGAUGAUCGCGAUCGCAGUGAUCAUGUUAAUCAUCAGCCCUACGAUCAUGGUGAUGAAAAUGAUCGAGAAACGCAAGAAAAGGAUACUGGACACGGAAUUAGAAUCUCCGCCUAAGUACGAAGACGUGGUAGAAAGCGCCCCAAGAUAUUCGUCGUUAUUUGUAUUUAAUAAUGAUGGUGAAAUGGCAUUGGUGUCUGAAAAUAUACCACACAAAGAAAUGGAUAAUAUUCAAAAACAACUUGUUUGAAAUAAUUAAUUUUAUAUUAUAUUAUCUACUACAAUAUACUUACACUGCCACUACAUCGAUUGGCCUAAAUCUACAGAUAGUCAUCCAAAAAAUAUUAUUUAUUCAUGGUAUGAUUUAGCGUAUAAACCUUAACUUAUAAGUUAAAACACAUAAACGGGAGAAUAUUUUUAAUUAAAAGAGAUAAAAGAUAUAUAUAAAA